AGCAAUAUCCUUGUAGUGACAUUGGUUGGUACUAGACCAUGAUGGCAUCACUGACGGUGUUGAUGGAGCGCGAAUUGAGAAGAUGAUGCUUGUCAGGUUGUGUAGGCGCAACUUCUGCACUAGUGGUGGUUCUGGUCGGCCAUGGCUCUUUGUGGGGUUGGGUAAUCCUGGAGAUAAGUAUAAGGGAACAAGACACAAUGUAGGGUUUGAUAUGAUUGAUGCAUUUGCUGAAGCUCAAGGGAUUCCUAUGGACUCAGUUCAUUGCAAAGCUCUCUUUGGAAAAGGUUUUGUUGAUGGCGUUCCUGUUUUCCUUGCAAAGCCCCAAACCUAUAUGAAUCUGAGUGGCGAAUCAAGUGGUCCACUUGCAGCUUAUUAUAAACUCCCUCUUAAUCGUGUGGUUGUGUUUCAUGAUGACAUGGGGUUACCAUGUGGAGUGCUUCGCCUACACCAUAAUAUAGGCCAUGGAAGCCAUAACGGGCUGAAGAGCGUGAUUUAUCAUUUCCGUGGGAACAGAGAGUUUGCCCGGUUAAGAAUUGGUAUCGGGAGGCCUCCUGGUCAAAUGGAUCCCAAAGCAUUCUUGCUCCAAAAAUUCAAUGCUACAGCUCGAGAACGGAUUGAUGGUGCAUUACGAGAGGGGGUUGGUGUGUUGAAACAACUCAUGUCCAAAGGCUUGACAGAGAGUGCACGAUGCUUCAAUACGGAGCAGAAGUAUAAACAUAAAAGAUUGCAGACCAUGCCCACAUAAGAAAGCCACAAAUCAAUUAAGCGAGAGUAUGUUCCCUUGUUUAACUGGUUUUUUUAAUGAAUGUUAUUAUCAGUAAUGAAAAGUUGGUGAUUAUUGUU